AUGAUUGAAUCAAUCAGGAUCUAUAUGAUGUCUAGACUUCAAAAGAACAGAGAUAAGAUGAUGAACCAUCGUCACAGAAUCUGUCCGAAAAUCUUAUUGAAGCUAGAGCAAAAUAAGGAUAAAGUUGCUGAAUGUAUUGCCACUAAAUCUGACCAAUUCCACUACCAGGUUGAGGAUAUCUAUCUUAGACUAUUCUCUGUUGAUCUUAAGGAGAAGACAUGUUCUUGUAGGAGAUGGGACUUAACAGGAAUACCUUGUAAUCAUGCUAUUGUAGCUAUAUGGGUUAAGAAGGAUGAGCCGGAAAUGUAUGUUCAUGAAUGCUACACAGUUGAGCAGUACAUGAAGAGUUAUAAUCCAUCUAUCUUGCCAAUUGUUAGCUUUGAGCAAUGGCCUAAGACAGGGAUAGAAUCACCACUGCCACCCAUAUACAAAACACAACCAGGUAGACCAACAAAACUAAGAAAGAGAGGGGUUGAUGAGACAACUCAAAAAGAAUCAGAUUAUAGAAAGCUUACCUUGUUAAAAGCAUCAAGAAAAGGCAAGAAAAAAAGUGCGGAUCAUGUGGAAGAUUAGGGCAUAAUAGCAGAAAAUGCCGUAUUCUUAUGGGAAGCAACCACUCUGAAGUUCAA